AUGUCCGAGCAUGCUGAAGAAGACUCAAACAUUAAUAAGCUCAUUCCUGAGAUCUUCGAUCAAAUGCGAUCAAAUUUAAGCUUGGCGCCCUUAGCCGGCGGCAUUAAGCCCUUUGUUUCUUCUAAGAGCUCAUCAAAUUUAACCACUCAAUCGCUUCUUGAGGAGAACAAGUGUCUUGAUAAGAUCAUUCCUGUUAUCCAAAAAUUGAACAGUUCGCUAAGUUCAUCGGGCCCGCAGCAUUUAAAAAGAAUCAAGGAAACGUGCGAAUCCAGCAAUAAGAUACUUGAUGCAUGGAUCAAGAUCCAGUCGCAAGCCGGGUACGUUCAUGAGCUCAUGAGCGACCACAGUUAUUUAGAAUACGUCUCUGCUACUCAAGAAAAUGAAGCGCUAACAGCAGAGGCAUUCGUGCAACGAAAAGAAGCCCAGGUGGCUAGUUUGAAACGCACACUCGAAGAAAAACAACAGCUGCGUGAGUCCGUAAAGAAAGAACAAGAAGUUAGAAGCUCAAGCGACGUCCCUUCCCUGCCAAGGGGAAGAAGGGCAAUUAACCCAAGGAGGGAGGUUAGAGGGGGUAUGAAGAAACCAACAGGAAUUCCCAGAAGUAGUACUCGAGUUUCUAAACCGCCACUUUCUAGGCCACCUCAUUCUUCGGUUAAGAAACCCAGCCGCUGA